UAUGCUAUUAGGUUUGCUUUGUUUUAGCGACUACUUUCGUUUGCUAUUUCUUUUUUUGAAGAAAGGGACUGCUUAGGUUCUCUAAUCUCGCCGUUUUUCUUGUUAUUCACUUCAAGAUGCAGAUCUUUGUGAAAACAUUGACAGGAAAAACCAUCACUCUUGAGGUAGAGAGUUCCGAUACAAUUGAUAAUGUCAAGGCCAAGAUCCAAGACAAAGAGGGUAUCCCUCCUGAUCAGCAGAGGCUUAUCUUUGCAGGUAAACAGCUCGAGGAUGGAAGAAUCCUAGCUGAUUAUAACAUCCAGAAGGAAUCUACCCUUCAUUUGGUGCUUAGAUUGAGAGGUGGAAUGCAGAUAUUUGUUAAGACUUUGACUGGAAAGACUAUUACUUUGGAGGUUGAGAGUUCAGAUACUAUUGAUAAUGUGAAAGCUAAGAUUCAAGACAAGGAGGGUAUCCCUCCCGAUCAACAAAGGCUUAUCUUCGCCGGUAAGCAAUUGGAAGACGGGCGCACACUUGGCGAUUACAACAUUCAAAAGGAGUCCACCCUUCAUUUGGUGCUUAGAUUGAGAGGUGGAAUGCAAAUAUUUGUGAAUACUUUGACAGGAAAGACAAUAACAUUGGAUGUAGAGAGUUCAGAUACAAUAGCUGAUGUGAAACUCACUCUCGAGGAGAAAGUAGGUAUUCCACUUGACCAAGUGAGGGUUGUGAUUGCUGGAAAGCAGCUUAAAGAUAGUUAUACUCUAGCUCAUUAUAAUAUCCAGAAGGAAUCUACUCUGCAUAUGGUUUUGCAGGUUUUUGGCGGUGGUGCCUUCUGAUUGCAUUAAUUUUGA